CCUCCUCCUCCCCUCCUGCUCCUCACCCUCUCCAUCUUCCUCCUUUCCCAUUCAUCAAUAUAAUAACUAUCAUCAAUUCCCAUACUAUUCUAAAUGAAAUAUAGUAUAUUUUAGACCUUCAAAGUUAGGGUUAGGUAGUUCCGUUAUGGGCGAUGGUUUGGUUUUACAAUUUGGAUUUAGGGUUUGGGUUAAGGGUUUACAGUUUGGGCUUAGGGCUUAGAGUUUGGGUUUAAGAGGGUUUUGGGUUAGGGUUUGGGUUUAUGGUCUACGGUUUGGGUUUAUGGUUUAGACCUUCAAACUUAGGGUUUAGAUAGCUCUGUUAUGGACGAUGGUUUGGUUUUACAAUUUGGGCUUAGGGUUUGGGUUAAGGGUUUACGGUUUGGGUUUAGGGUUUAGAAUUUGGGUUUAGGGGGUUUAGGGUUUAGGUAGCUCCGUUUGGGUAUAUGGUUUGGGUUAAGAAUUUGUGUUUAGGGUUUGGGUUUAUGGUUUAGAGUUUUGGUUUAGGGUUUAGGUAGCUCCGUUAUGGUUUACGGUUUGGGUUAAGAAUUUAGGUUUAGGGUAAACGGUUUGGGUUUAGGGUUUAAUGGUCUACCGUUUCGGUUUAGAGUUUAGAGGCAAUUAUUCGUGUGUUUGCCUUCUCUUCUGUGUGUUUAUAUCGCCUCAAUCCAAGUCAUAACAUUAGGCUACUGCAACUUGUCUGAACGCAUGUAUUGAGGAUCUGGCUUCUUUGUCUAAACUAUACCAUAUAUCGUAUAGUAUAGAUUUGUUUGGGUCACUUUCUACACAUGUAUUGGAACAUUACCAAAAUGUGGGCAUAGUAUAUUGAAUAUAGGGUAGUCUCGUUCCCGUGCAUGGGUAUAUUGUAUAUUUUCGGACUUUCGAACCCCUUAUGAAUACAUAUUUACCAAUUGUUGUGACUUUGUGUGUGGCAGAACUUAACUAGACUACAUAGACUAUAAUAUAGUAUUGCCUUUUCGUUUUUUUAUAACCCAACAUGUGGGCACACAUUAAGCACAUGUGUUUUUAACUUCACUCCUCUCUCCACGCACACGCGCUUGCAAGGUUAUUCCUGACAUUAUUGGGUGUAACUAGUUCCAUCAGAAACUUUCCACUGUAAAAUAGCUAUAAACUUAAUAUUAGGGUCUAAUAUAAAUAUUCAUCAAAUUUACCCUUUUUUUUAUUAUACUUUAAGUGACUAUAUUCAAUUUUCCUUGGUGGUAAAUCCUCAAAAAGCCAUCACCACCAGGUCAACGAACCACUAGACUAAGAUGACAAAUAUACUACUCAAUGAACCACUAGACUAAGAUCACAAAUAUAUUAAUAUUUUCCAUUUUGGCAUUUUAAUAUUUAUAUAUAUAUAUAUAUAUUGGCUGGUUUUGAUGAUGUCAACUGAAUUUCGCCAAAAUUAAAGCAUUCAUGUGGUUUAGAACCGCCUGAAUUUAUCUUAAUCAUUGGUAUGUUUUAGGUAUAUUUAUUCAUUUUGUUUAGCACAAAUAACUUUUUGUCAUUAAUUAGAUCGACAAGCCAGCUUUACAAUACAGAAAACAUAAUUUAUUGAAAUUGAACUUUGAUAGAACAUAUCGUAAAGGUAGAUACUUAACCGAUCGACUAAAAGCAUGCUGACAUUUAACCACUUGACUAAAAACAUUUUGUAUCACCCAAAUAGUUUAUAUUGCAACUGGUAUGUUUUUUUUUUCAACUGCAACUGGUAUGGUUAACAAUACCUUAUUACCUGUUGUUGGAAAGGCGGACCCCACUUACAAAAUUAUGGGUCUAUUGUCCAGUUAAAAUAUAAAAUCUUCAUAGUUUUUGUACAGAUUUAGGAAUAUAGCCAGUAUUAAUUUUAUGUGUUUGACUCUCAUUAAUUUCGCACUCUUUCUUUUUCCAACAAAAAAACAUAUAAAAUAAAUUUUAUGUAUUCUUCUUUUUAUUAUUAAAAAAUAAAAACAUUUAGUCUCCACUUUAUCUAUAAUAUAUGUAUCAAUCAUUUGAGCUCUCAAUCAAAAUAAAUUUUGUCCAAUUAAAAUGUUAUUCCAAAUUUUAGGUGAUAAAAUACCUUGUCAUUUUCUAAAAAUGUGGGUUUGUGUUCUCUUACAUUUAAGUUUUCAUAUGUUCUUUUAAAAAAAUAUUGAGUUCUAUAAUUUUAUAUGUUCUCUUAAAUUUAUUUUAUUUGUUCAUUUAAAUAUAAUUAUUUUUAAAAAAAAAAUAUCUAAAAAAUCUGAACCAAUCAUAUUUUCGACUACCAACCGGACGAAACUUAAUAUUCUUCCCUAUUAAGUGUUGUUUUAGAUUUUCAAUUUUAUUUGAUUAUUAGUGUCGUUUCACAUUUCUAAUGCAUAUUUUAAACAAAUAUUUUAAUUUUUACUGUUAUUUUUAAUUUGUUAAUUAAUAAAACCAAAAAAAAAUUACACUAAAUAAGGGUAAAACAGAAAAUUGUUAAAUUUUCUUAAUUUGUGUGCAAAAACUUUAAACGAUACUUAAUAUGAAACAUAAAGAGUAUAUACUAGUAUAAUUCAUUUUGACUCCAACAAACUUUAGUGUCGCCAUUAUGUACAAGCGUCCCUAUUUAAGACCCAAAUGUGCUUAUAACCUAAUCAAUCACCUAAAUAAGAAAGACACUAAAACAUACAAUAAAAAACAAAAACGUAAAUAAUAACCUAUGGAUAGGUCAAUAGAGACGGCGGAGAGAACUCUCCGGCAACCUUUGGUGGAUCCGACGGACUCUGAGCCAAAACCACUGAGGGACGUCAAAUCACUCGAGAGCAUCUUGACGGAGAGCAGCCUUCCGUCACGGAGGCGCUUGUACUUAGGGGCGCGUAUAGAAAUGAAACUUCUCUUUCGAUUGGCACUUCCGGCGAUAUUGGUCUAUUUGCUCAACAGCGGAAUGAGUAUCUCGACCCGUAUCUUUGCCGGACAUAUCGGCAGUCAAGAACUCGCAGCCGUGUCCAUCGGCAACAGCUGCUUUAAUCUUGUCUAUGGCCUCAUGUUAGGUAUGGGAAGUGCAGUCGAGACACUAUGUGGACAAGCAUAUGGUGCCCACCGAUACGAGAUGCUUGGGAUCUAUCUCCAACGAGCAACGAUCGUCCUCGCUCUGGUUGGUUUGCCCAUGACAGUACUAUACACCUUCUCGUACCCGAUUCUAAUCCUACUAGGCGAGCCCAAAACAGUCUCGUACAUGGCAUCUCUAUACAUCGUCGGACUCAUCCCUCAAAUUUUCGCUUUCGCCGUCAACUUCACGGCCCAAAAGUUUCUCCAAGCCCAAAGCGUGGUGACCCCCAGCGCGUACAUCUCAGGCGCCGCCCUUCUCCUCCAGAUUUUGCUGACGUGGACCACUGUUUACGUAAUCGACCUAGGUCUUAUGGGCAUUGCUUAUGUUCUUACCAUCUCUUGGUGGUUCAUAGUUAUGUCCCAAACUUUGUAUAUUAUAACAAGUCCAACGUUCAGACACACGUGGACUGGUCUUAGUUGGAGAUCGUUCCAUGGUCUUUGGAGCUUUUUUAAACUCUCUGCUGGUUCGGCUGUUAUGAUCUGUUUGGAAAUGUGGUAUUCACAGAUUCUGGUACUUCUUGCUGGUUUGCUCAACGAUCAUGCUCUCUCCCUAGAUUCUCUUUCCAUUUGUAUGUCAAUUUCAGGAUUAUCUUUCAUGGUAUCCGUCGGUUUCAAUGCCGCUGUAAGUGUAAGGACAAGUAAUGAGCUUGGAGCAGGUAACCCAAAAUCGGCGAUGUUCUCUUCAUGGAUGGCGACUUUCGUCUCCUUCGUGAUCUCCCUCGCGGAGGCGCUCGCCCUGAUGGCGUCGCGGGACUACAUCGGCUACAUUUUCACGUCGGAUGCUGAGGUGGCUAAGGCCGUCUCUGAGCUAUGUCCUUUUCUAGCCGUUACCAUCCUUCUCAACGGAAUCCAACCUGUCUUGUCCGGAGUGGCAGUGGGAUGUGGAUGGCAGACAUUCGUGGCAUAUGUGAAUGUUGGUUGUUACUAUGUUGUUGGUAUUCCCAUUGGUUGUGUUCUCGGGUUUACUUUCAAUUUACAAGCCAAGGGAAUAUGGACCGGGAUGAUUGGAGGUACCCUCAUGCAAACCCUCAUCUUGCUUUACGUUACGUAUCGAACAGAUUGGGAUAAGGAGGUGAAAAAGGCGAGAAAACGUUUGGAUAUGUGGGAUGACAAGAAGGAGCCACUACUAAACUAAAUUGAAAAAUGUUUGGAAGGUACAUGAAUCAUGAAUAAUAUAUGGUUCGUUAAUUUCAACUAGAAUAAUGUAUGUUUAACCACAAUUAUGGAAUAACUAAUGUAUGGUGUGACAUGCAACAACAACUGAAUGUAUGUUAUUAUUCACUCUGUUUCAAUCUCGACCGUUCGAUGUUAGAACACAAAUUUGUUUUGACCGUUGAUUAAAGACUAGUAAAAGCUCAAACCGU